AUGGACGGCGUCUCCGUCGCUAGCAGCAUUGCUGGUCUCGUCACCUUGGCCCUGCAGGUCAGCGCUACAAUAGCAAUCUACGUCAACUCCAUCAAGGAACGCGCCAACACGGUCAGGGAGUUACAUGAUGAACUUCUUCUCUUGGGUGAAGUCCUCAGUGGACUGCGAGAUUUUCUGGAGAGCGAAAAAGUCAAAGGUCGGGUUCUCGAUACCCAAUCAGUCCUCUCCAAGGCUAUCAGAGACUGCCGUCAACGGAUGGAGCGCAUUGGCGACAGAUUGAAGCCCUCGGAGGGUGGAAAGUUUGCCCGUGCUAUUGACCACUUGAGGUGGCCUUUCGAGCAGAGGGAGGUUAUGCAGAUGGUAGAGAACCUACGACGAUAUACCCAAACGUUUCAGUUCGCUUUCACAAUCGAAGGAUUCAACUUGUUGUCCAAGACCUCCGAAGAUGCUACGAAAGGCCUGCAAGAAAUGCUACUAAUUUCAAAGAAGAUGAGCGAACUGUCGGCUCAGAUGGGCCGGUCUGCUGAUGAGUCCUCUAAACUUGCUCUGCAACUCGAGGCAAUCAUUGACCUUGUUCCCCUCCUUGCAAGAACAGUUGCGGAUGUCAACGAGAUAUCUCAGGCUACGCGACUGGCCGAACUGAGAGAGCAGGAGAGGCGCACUACCGAAAUCUUGGACUGGCUGGCUCCCCUCUCGUCCCUACACAAGCACCGGGAUUUACAAGUGCGAAGAGCUGAAGGCACGGGUCGAUGGUUUCUUGAACAUCCCGAGUUUUCUCGGUGGGUUGACGACGAUUCCAAACACGAUCUCCUCGGUGUUGGAGGCCCUGGCGCUGGCAAGUCUGUCCUAUGCUCUCAUGUUGUUGACUACCUGCGCGGCAAAUUUCAAGACCAGGAUGUCGCCAUAGCCUUCUACUACUACGACUACUCUGACCAGCAGUCGCAGAAUCCGUCGAGUUUUGCAAGAUCGCUUCUACGCCAACUCAGUUCCCGCGGCGAAGUUGUCCCUUCCGCUGUUUCCGAAUUCUAUCGACGCACUCGGAAUGCUGUCAAAGAUCAAACUUGGUAUCAUGACUUGCUGAAUAUCAUCCGCCGCGUGGUGGCAACGUUCGGCCGUUGUUUUAUCAUAGUGGAUGCUCUCGACGAGGCCGAUGUUCAGACCCAGCGUUCAGGCUUUUUCGAGGUUGUCGAUGCCAUUAGAAAUUCUCCUGGAAGCACAGUGAAGGUGCUAGCCACUCUAAGACCGCAUGUCCUUGAUCUCAUGACCAAGUUUCAUGAACCUUCGACAAUUGAUAUCCUGGCGAACCCUGGAGAUAUCCGGCAGUUUCUCGCCCAAACGAUCAUGGAGCAGCCAGAGUCCGAGUAUUUGAUGGAUGACAAGCUCAAGGAACAUGUGCUCAAUACCUUAUGCACCAAUGCCAAUGGCAUGUUUCUACUCCCGGCUCUGCAGAUAAAGACUAUUCUAGACCAGAUUACGAAGGCAGAUGUCAGGCGAGCAUUACUUCAUCUCUCAACUGAUUUGACUCAUGCCUUCCAAUCAACCAUUCAGAGAAUUUUUACCCUGCCCAAGGCAAGACGCGACCUUGCGUUUAGAACAUUGAUGUGGGUGUCCCACGCCAGGAGACCGAUGACUGUGCGGGAGUUGCAGCAUGCCAUGGCAUUACGGCCCGAGGACCAUGAUCUCGACAGGGACAAUCUUCCCUCCGUGAAGAUGCUUAUCGACUGCUGUUGCGGGCUAGUCGAGGUGGACUAUGAGAGUUCAAUUAUACGGUUGGUGCAUCACUCACUUGAGGAAUAUCUUCGUGAGCACGACCACGGUCUCUUCACCGAUGCCAACCUCGUCAUUACCAAGAUCUGUCUCCAGUACAUGAUGCUGGAUUCAACAAGAGAUCUGCCAUAUAAGAACCGUAAAGAUUUCGCGAACGCAUUGGAGGAUGUUCCAUUCCUGCAGUAUGCAGCGCUCGAAUGGGGUCACCAUGCUUACAGUGUUCCCGCCGAGGAGAUCAAGGACUUGGCCCUUGCACUUCUUUCUAACAGUGCCUGCUUGAACACCGUCGCUAGAGUCCGGGAUUUUCGAUCUCCAGACCUCCGGGACUGGGCCAACAAAGCCUGGGCGUGGGCUUAUUCUGGUGGUGCCGGGAUCUCGUUGGCAGCAGGAUUUGGACUUAGCGAGCUUCUGAAGAUCCUGAUUGCGGAAAAUCGGCAUAAUCUACGCUUGGGCGCGCGCAACGUGUACGGAAACACAGCUUUGCACGAAGCAGCUUUUUUCGGCCACAAGGAGGUUGCGGAAAUUCUGGUUGCAAACGGUGCUAACUUGCUGGACACGAAUUACGGCCAGAGUACUCCGUUAUAUCUCGCAGUAUCAUACGGUCAGCUUGAGAUUGUGAAGCUACUUCUCAAAUACGGACGUGAUCAGCUGGAUCAUCCCGGCCCAAGAGGCUUUACAGCCUUGCACAAGGCUGUUGAGCAAGGAGACGAAGAAAUGGUCAGCACACUUCUCCAGGCAGGAGCUUUGGUUGGCGCCAUCGAUAACCAGGGAACAACUGCUCUACACCUUGCGGCUUUUCGUGGCUAUCUCUCCAUUGUCAAGUUGCUAGUUGCUUCCAGCGCCGUCGUCCACGUCAGGGACAAGGAGGGCCUCUGUCCUCUCGAUUAUGCCGCAACAAGUGGCUUUACUGAUGUGGUGGCUUUCCUCCUGGAGAAUGGGGGAACUCGAGGCGGGCAUACGGAGACAGUUGCUUUCUUCCUGAAGCGAGGCGCCAACGUGCUGGCGACCGAUUACAAAGGCAACAUCCCAUUACAUCUCGCAGUGCGGUCAGGUCAAAUUGAAGCCGUAAGGACACUUCUCGAGCAAAACACCGAUCCGGAACACCAACGCGCACAGCUCUUCGUCCAAGAUCGAAAGGGUUCUACUCCGCGAGUCGUCGCUUUCUUUACCGCCCACUACGACAUUCACAAGUAUCUCCGGGCUGCAGAGUGGCAAGCUCAAGGUAUUACUACCCCCAGCAGUGCAAAUCGGCUCACCACAGCUAUUGAAAAGGGUGAUCUCCCUUCAGUGCGUGCCCUUUUGGAUAAUAAUCCGCAGUCGCUCACCUCGCUCGACGAAGACGGCCAACCACCCCUCCACGUCGCGUUACAAGAAAAUCAGACACGUAUUGUGGAAUUCCUCCUCCAGCGGGGCGCAUCCGUCGAAUCGGUGGGCUACCACGGAUGGCGUGCUCUGCACAUCGCCGCCUCGACGGGGAACUUGGAGCUGGUAGAGCUGUGUUUGUCUCAUGGGGCACGGGUCGAUACGUUGACGAAUACAAAACAAACGGCCUUGCACAAGGCCGCAUCGUCCCACUCUGUGGCCGUGGUCCGCCGCUUGCUAUCUGCCGGCGCGGACCCUGCGGCCAUAAACGAGCGCGGCAUGACGGCCCUGCACAUCGCCGCGCACCAGAACGACAUUGGCAUUGUGCGCAUGCUCGUCCUGGAGCAUGGCGUCGACGUCCUGGCCAGGGACCGCCAGGGCAUGACGGCGGGCAUGUGGGCCGAGAGAUCGGCGCACCUCGAGGUGUGUGCGUUCCUGACGGCCGAAGCGCGGAAGGCCAAACAAAAGAAACGAAGCAGCGCGGGCGAGCACAUUGCGGGCACCGGCGACACGCAAACCAGGGACAACACCGAUGCGCUCGCUCUGGGAGAAGUCCGGGACGCUUUAGACGGUGCUAUCGAAGACAACAACAGCAACGCAAACCAGCCAGAAGGGAGUGUAAGGGGACUAAUAACGACGUGA